AUGGCACGCGUAUCUUUCGGUUCGAGAGCUGGCGGCGCCCACGACUACAACAACGGCCAGAGCAUCUUCACCUACCGCGCAUCGCAAGCCAAUGGCCUGUACGAGACGCUGCAAGACCUCACGGCGGCAUUGAGGAACGAAAUCGAAGCAUGCGCCGAAAGUGAAGUCCCCGAGCUUUCAACAUGCGAACUCGCGAUUCAUGAAAAUGCCGUGGUACCGUUAUUGCGACCAACCAUCGGCCCUUAUGCAGACGGAGGACAACAUGAUCUCCCCACCGACUUCAAGACGGAGUGGACGGAUGGCAGCGAAGGAUUUCCCGGCCUGAGCUCCGCUCUACCCAAAGCUUCCAUAGCGGCUAUACUGGGCGCAGGCGAGGGACAAGCGCGCCAGAUCGUGCAGAGGGCAGCGUCACGUGCCAUCGUACAAUGCAUUGAGGCCGUGGACGGCUUCAAGUACAGCUUCAACAACGCCUGGAAUGCCAAGGAUGAAGGAGGGUUGCGCUUCUCGUACAUCUGUCAGGACAGCAUGCAGAAUAAAGACAGGCAUGCCAAUGGCUUCACCAAGACACAGAAGCACUUGAAAGGCGAAGGUGAGAGGGGUCCAAGGAAGCCAACAUAUGACUGCAAAGGCAGUGUGAGCGUCAAGUUCAGCUUGAUCAGAAGCCGCGUGGAUGUAUACUACAGACAUUAUGCUGUUCAUCCCAGCGUCGCGGACAGGAGACCAGCGCCGCGACCACCGCCCAGGCAGCGCACCUCACAGUCCGAGGAUGACUUCAACUAUCUGCCGGUCGCAGCACCAGAGCCGGACACGGGUGGGUUGCUCGGCCAGCUGCGUGAUCAAUCGACCGCAUACGAAGGUCCGGCACGGAUGGCUCCUCCAACUGCCCCUCAGCGCACACCAGCAACAAAGUCUCUGAAGCGCAAGCGUGAGGUGGAGCAAUCGCCACAAUCAUCGAGCAAACCACUGUCACUCUUUGAGCUGCUUCAGCAGAGCGAGACAGCCAAGAUCCCAGAUGCCACACCCAACAGCAACUCGAAGACUCAUGCCAUUCCGCCGCCAGUAGAGUACAACUUACCCUCCUGGCAAGCGCCUCCGCCUAUUCAAGCCUCAAGCUAUCGUCCUCCUGGUCAUGAGAACUAUUCACCAAACGCCCCCUAUCCACCGCCCUACCAGCCGCAACGCUACCAAAACCAACCGCCAAUCGCGACACCGAAAGCUCCAGUCGCGAUCCCUCGACAAGGCUCGAAACCCAGCGGCCUCCAAAACCAUUACAGUAACCCACAAGCCUACCUCGGCGCACCACCAGCAGGAAAAGCGACUCAUCCGCAAUCUCAAGGCCUCUUCAGCACUCUCAAACCCGUGGCCAAAACCAAUUAUCCUGCCCAACAACACACGCACUUCAUCGUCUACGCCUCCACAGGCCCUCAACGCGCUAAAACAAGCUGCAGCAACUGCCGCAUCUCGAAGAAGAAGGUACGCUCAGAUGCGCAUUCGUAUAUCCUUGAAGAGGUUGAUCUCUCUUCCCCCGACGGUGCACAAGCUAAUGGAUCUUACCCUCUCCAGUGCGACGAGGCGCGACCGAAUUGUGGGAACUGCGUCAGAAGUGGCAAAUCAGGGUGUGUUUAUGAAGGCUCGCAGGCUGGGCCGGCGACGGAGUACAAUCCUGCUCAGCAGGCUCAGGCCAUGGGUGCGAUGCAACAGCGGCAAAGCAAGGUUGUUUCGCAGUCGCCCGCUCCUGCUCCUACUACUGCGGCUGCUGGAGGUGUGGUGGCGGGGCCCUCGCAAUCGCCUUCGCAGCACCAAGGCCAUCGGGGCCCGAAUGUGACGACGCCUGCAUAUCCCCAGGCGACAGCCUACGGCAAAAGCACACAAGCUAUUGUUAACUCACAACAGCAAUCGUAUCAGACCGCCGCCUCACAUCAGUCGUAUGGGAGUGCGAAGUCAUCUCAGACCUUUGCAGGAGCAUCGCAAGCACAGUCAGGCAAACAGCCGAGUCCAGAUCCUUGGUUUCCGAGCAGAUGA